AUGGCAAGAAAGAGAAUUGAUGUUGCUCAAAUCAUUGCUGAUGAAAUGAGAAAUGUUGCAGAAAGUGGUAAGGAAUUUGAAGCAGGAACCAAAACUACUUGUCCUCUUGUGUUUCUCGGUCUCAUCAUGGGAUUACUCAUUGCUUCACGUGUGCAAAUUCCAAAUAUGGUUCACUUUAAGAUUAAAGCAGAGGUUAAUGACACGUAUGUGGACAUAUAUUGCUUGGAAAAGAAAAUGAGAAGAGGGCAAAUAGGGAAGACUCCAUCCGACACUCUGAACUAUGAUGAUUGGGAUCCGAGACUCCACAAAGCUUUUACUUACACUUGGGGUCAAAAUAAUUAUAACCAUAGAGUUGUUGUGUCUUUACAUGAUGCUAUAUAA